AUGUUGGCCAGAACGGCAGCGUCGGCGUUGCUCGCCACUGUAAUCACCCAAACUCUGGCCAUACCCUCGCUUUGCCCGAAUAUUGCCGCACCUCUCCAUCCCUACCAACUCGCCCCUGGAUGGUCAGUCGUCAAGGUGGCGGAUGGACUGCAUUCACCUCGUGAUCUCCAGUUUGAUACCCAGGGCCGACUCUUGAUCGUCGAGGAAGGCGUCGGAAUCAGGCAGCACACAGUCGACUCAGCAACCGGCUGCGUCACUGCUUCACGCAUGCUCAUCUCGGAUACAGCGCUCAACCAUGGCAUCCACCUGAGCCUCGUCGGCACUACUCUGUUUGCCAGCUCGGCCGCGUCGGUGUUUCGCUGGGCAUAUGACCCGAUUACAGGCAAUGCCGGCACGGAUCCCAUCGAAGUCGUCCAUGGCAUGGCUGUGACGGGCCACGUCACAAGGACGCUGGCCAUACCACCGCAGGCGCCAGAUUUGUUGGUCGUCUCACACGGCUCUUCGGAGAACCUCGACUACAAUUCCACCAAUUCCGCAAUGGCUCGGGCGAUUGUCAAGGUCUUCAAUAUGUCGACAGUGCCAGAGACUGCAGCUGGGUACGACUACGCCAGCGAGGGAUGGAACGCAGGAUUCGGGCUCAGGAAUGAGGUCGGCCUUGCUUUUGAUGGCAACAACAUGCUUUGGGGUGUCGAGAACAGCGCCGAUGGACUCACCCGCACCGUCAAUGGUAUCUCAGAAGACGUCCACAACGACAAUCCGGCCGAAGAGCUCAACCUCCUUGGUGAUGUUACCAAGCCGAAUGACGCAUGGUAUGGCUACCCCUGGUGCUUCACCGUCUGGCGUCCCGACGAGAUUACCGAUCGCCCGUUCAGUAUAGGCGAGCAGUUCGUCCUUGCUCCUGAUGAGAGGUUCAACGAUACUAUAUGCCAGAGGCUAUCGGUGGCUCCGCGACUAAGCAUCCAGGCUCACUCGGCGCCGCUGGGAAGCAAGUUUGAUGCCAGAUAUAUGAACCUCUUCGUCGCCCUGCAUGGCAGUUGGGAUCGCCAGCCGCCAACGGGAUUCAAGGUGGUCGCCAUUCCCUUCACUCGGUCCCCUCAAGGGUCGUACGAACCCGUCAAGGGCCCAUCCAGUGACUCGGGUUACAUUAACGUCUUCUACCCCCCGGACGUGUCGCAAUGCUCAUCCGAUACCUGUGCUCGUCCUGUCGGUCUGGCAUUCGAUGCUGUAGGACGAUUGUACAUAACGAGCGACGCGUCAGGAGAGGUGUUCCAGCUGACAGCCGCAUAG